AUGCCAUUCCAAAAUCUAUCGUGCGUGAUCGUGAUGUCACUUUUACUAGUUCUUUUUUGGAAGGAAUUAUUUCGGCUUAGUGGCACCAAGUUGUCUUUUAGCUCUGCUUACCACCCUCAAUCAGAUGGCCAGACUGAAGUGGCCAAUAGUACAGUGGAGAUGUAUCUACGUCGCUUCACAGAUGACCGUCCCAAAGGUUGGGUCGUUUGGGUGUCUUGGGCUGAAUAUUGUUCUAAUACAAGCUUCCAUUCCUCUCUUCAUGCCACUCCUUUUGAAGUUGUCUAUGGACGACAACCACCUUAUCUAUUAUCUUAUUCUCCAACAUUAUCUCAAAUUCAGGCUGUGGAUUAUGAGUUACGUGCUAGAGAUGUGAUUUUGCAGAAGCUGAGGGAACGUCUGCUUCAUGCCCAAAAUGUUAUGAAGACUUAUUAUGAUUCUCAACAUAGAGAUGUGUCUUUUGAUGUGGGGGACGUGGUGCUUUUAAAGCUUCAGCCUUAUCGUCAAGUUUCACUUCCUGAAGGCUCUAAACUUCAUCCUGUUUUUCAUGUUUCUUGUUUGAAGAAGUUCCAUGGUAUUGAAACUUGUUCUUAUACAUUACCCCUUCUUCAUAAGGGUGUUCCUAUUCCAACUCCUCAAGCUGUGCUGGAUUCGAGAAUUAAAGAUGGCCUAAAGGAGAUUCUCAUUAAUUGGGAAGGACUUUCUCCCUCUGAUGCUUCUGGGGAAUCUGCAGAGCAUAUGCAGCUUCGUUAUCCUCAAUUUGCGCUUGAGGACAAGCACUCUUCAAAGGGAGGAAGUGAUGUUAUGAUCCAAGAUCAGUCUGCUAAAGGUCCUAUAACUAGAUCCAGAGGGCCUGAUGUUAACAAGUCGAUUCUCGAUUCAGAACUAAACUCUGAAAAAUCUUCCACGCCGAGGCAAGGGGAAGCCGCCACAAAGACGUCGGAAACCCCGCCAGAGGGCUCGAAAGAUGGUCCAAACGCACAGCCAAGCCACACCCUUGGACACAACACCUAA